AUGUCUGCUGAGAUUCGCUCAAGGGGUGAUAUAGUGUUAAACGUUGCUUCGAGUGGUAUUGCAUCUUUACUUCUUCCCAAUGGAAGAACGGCACACUUAAGGUUCAAAAUACCGCUGAAUAUAACUGAGAAUUCUGUAUGUAACAUCAAACCUGGUUCCCCUCAAGCAAUGUUACUGUUGAAAGCCAAACUUAUAAUUUGGGAUGAGGCCCCAAUGGUUAGUAGGUACUGCUAUGAAGCGCUUGACAAAUGCUUGGGCGACAUCAUGAGGUGUUCUCCAACAUAUAGCAAAGAUUUGCCCUUUGGAGGAAAAGUGGUUGUACUAGGUGGAGACUUUAGACAAAUUCUUUCUGUCAUUCCACGAGGAUCGAGACAAGAUAUCAUUCAUUCAACCGUGAAUUCGUCUUACCUUUGGAAGUUUUGCCAGGUGCUCAAACUAACAAAAAAUAUGAGACUCUCUGUAGGGACGACUGCUUCAGAUCAAGACGAGACAGAGCAAUUUGGUGAGUGGUUAUUGAAAGUUGGUGAUGGUAUAAUAGGUGACAAUAUGGAUGGUGAAUCUGAGAUAUGUCUUCCAGGAGAUAUUGUUAUUCCUUCUUCGGACCAGGCAUUUGAUGAGUUAGUUCAUUUUUCUUAUCCAAAUAUUCUGGAAAUUAUGUCCUCAAAGGAUUUUUUCAAAGCAAGAACUAUACUGGCUCCCACACUAGACAUCGUUGAAGAGGUCAACAACCAUCUGAUGGCUAUCAUUCCUGGAGGAGAAAAAUUAUAUCUUAGUUCGGAUUCCAUAUGUAUGGAUGAAGGGAAUAUGGAGAGUCAACUAGAUCUCUAUGGUCCUGAAUUACUGAAUAGCAUAAAUUGCUCUGGUUUGCCUCCACAUAAAUUAAUACUCAAGGUUGGUGUUUCGGUGAUGUUACUGAGGAAUAUUGACCAAUCCAGUGGUCUUUGUAAUGGUACAAGGCUACAAGUUAGGAAACUUGGAAAUCAUGUCAUAGAAUGUGAAGUCUUAACGGGUAACAAUGUUGGUCAUAUUGCUUUGAUUCCAAGAAUGAAUAUGGUACCAACAAAUGAAACCGUCCCAGUUAGAUUCCAACGAAGACAGUUUCCCAUAAUAGUAUCGUUUGCCAUGACAAUUAAUAAGUCUCAGGGACAAACUUUAUUUCAUGUUGGAUUGUACUUGCCCAGACCAAUUUUUACACAUGGCCAACUAUAUGUGGCACUUUCAAGAGUUAAGAGUAAGAGAGGUUUAAAAAUUUUACUUAUGAAUCACGUAGGAAUGUCUGCAAAUUCAACUAUCAAUGUUGUUUACAGAGAAGUCUUUGAAAAAAUAGUAUUCUAA